AUGGGUGCGUCAUCUAAAGCGGAUCGAUUGAAGGAAGUGAAAGUUAAGCCACCGAAUAAAAGUGCUGCUGUCCGGUACGUUAGGACUGAAGUGGAUGUGAAAGAUCUAGUUCCCCCUGGGGUCAUUGAUCAGUCCUCAGCUACGAUUUAUAAAGCUCGUCGUAAGCCAAGUGCUUCUGGAGCUGUUGCUUCGGGGAUUGGAAAAGCUGAAUGGAAAAUGGAGGGGAAAGCUUUCAGAGUGAAGAACAGAGCUCGGAAAAUUGUGGAUGGGAUAUCACCGAUGGAUGCAAAGGAAUACUACACGGAAGAAGCUAAUGAGGAGGAAACGGAAGAUGACUCGGAGUCUGUAUCGGCCUGGGAGUCGGAUUCUAAUAUUUCAAUUCCUGGAAAUGAUAGCAAUAUGAAGGGGUUGAAGGAUGGGGGUUCUGAUGAGCUGAAGACUAUUGGAGUUCAAGUUGUCUCUAUUCCUUCAGGUAAUACUGCUAAUUUGUUGAAAAAUUGGGAUGGUUCUAAGGUGAAUGAUGAAUUAUUGAGCCCUAGUUCGGAAUUGAAGAGUGUUACUAGUGAAAUGAUUAGGGUGAAUCCUAACAUUGCUGUGAUUGAUGUCAAUAAACCUGUAUGCCCUGAUUUGGUUGAUGAUGAAGUUGAGAAGUCUAGAUCUAAUGGUGAUAAGAAGGUUAUCAGUAAUGAAGAAUUUAUUCCGGCAGUUGGCUUUCAAUUUCUUAAUGAGUUGAAGGUGGAAACACCUAAGAGGAAGGAUUUAGAUAGUAAGUUGAAUCAGGAAAUGGAUGUCGAUAUGUCAAAUUUGAAUAAGCAAGUUAAUGAGGAAGGAGAUGAUUCUGAAGAUGAUGGUUCUUCUGAAGAGGAUGGGGAAGAUGAAUCUAGUGAGGAUGAGUCUAGUGAAGAUGAGGAAAUUGUGAUGGAAGAGGAGGUUAAUACUAAGAUGAGUAAAGAGCCUAGUUUAAAGAUGAAGUCUGGUGUGUUAAAAGGUAAUAGACAUAAGGGUAUGAUUGAUGUCAAGUUUAUUCCAGGGGAAAAAGGCAAAGAAGAAGGACCUGUUAUUAUCCCGAUUGAGAAUUUAAAGAAAGCGAGUAUUCCAUAUACUAAUAAUUUAUAUGGGUAUAUGAUUGAUAAGAAGUUAGCGUUUCAUGUGAUUCAGCAAGAGGUUAGAAGGCUAUGGAAGAAUGUGGGUCUUGAAGAGAUAUUCAUGAACAGUAAAGGGUUUUUCUUUUUUAAAUUUAGUGAUGAGCAGGGGAUGUUAUCUAUAUUGGAGGGAAGCCUAUGGUUGAUGUUCAAUAAUAUGCCAUUAUUUCUUCAAAGGUGGAGACCAGGUCUGAAAUUAACCAAGAAUAGUCAUGAUAAAAUUCUGGUGUGGAUCAAAAUCUUUGAUUUACCUUUGGAAGUAUGGAGUGGAGAGAAUUUGUGUAUUAUAGCGAGUAAGUUGGGGGUGCCUCUGGCUUUUGAUUCUUUUACUGAGGAGAUGUGUUUGGAACACAAGGGUAGAAACGCUUAUGCUCGAAUUCUUGUUGAAAUGGCGGCUGAUAAGGAAUGGAUGAGGAAAAUUGAGGUUUCUACUUGGGAUUUUGUUACUAAUUCUGCUGUGGUUCAGAGUUUUGAUGUGGAGUAUGCUUGGAUGCCUUCUAGAUGUAAUCACUGUAAGGUUUAUGGGCAUACGGAUAAAGUUUGUUUGGCAGCUUUGAAUGAAGAGAAAGUAGUAAAGAAUGGGGAUAAUGGGAACAAUAAGAGAAAUAAAGAGAAGGAAAUGGUUAAUGAUGAUGGAUUUACGGAGGUUGUUUAUAAGAAGGUUGCAGGAAAUAAUGAUGGUGAAGGUACUAGUAAAUCUAAGGAGGGUCAUUCUCAAUUGUAUAAUCAAAGAUAUAGUGGGAAGAAUGGAAAUUUUAACAGGGGAAAUAAUUUCAGAGGCAAUUAUGGGAAUAGAGGUGGUAAUGGAAGGGGACAGAAUGGGAAUUGGAAUAAUAAAGGGGUGGGUCAUUGGAAUUUGGAAAAGAAUAGAAGAUAUGAGAAGUUUGUUAAUGGUUAG